GCUGUCAGACUAAUCGCUAAGAUGGCGAUACAAUGAGUUGGAAAACAUUUUGAUAGCACGUAGUUCCGAGCGAUGUUGUAAAAUCUUUUUCAAGUUUCUUUCUAACGUAGAGGUAGCUCGAUUUACAGAGUAAUUAUCGGAAAAUGUCGAGUAUAACGAUAUCAGCUAUAAGACCACGCACGAGUAUCCUUGAUAAGUCACUGAGCAAAGGUAAAGGAGAGGUUAGCUUGAGCUGUUUUGCCCUCUUGUUCUCUGAACUUGUACAAUACUGUCAGAACAGAGUUUACACUGUGCCGGAGUUACAAAAUAAAUUAGCAGAAAUCGGAGCAGAAGUUGGACACAGGAUAACGGAUCUGCUUGUUGUCCGAGAAAAAAGCGGCAAGCGCGAGAUAAAACUGCUGAAUGUACUAUUAUUCAUCAAGAGUACUGUAUGGAAGUCCUUAUUUGGCAGAGAGGCUGACAAGUUGGAGCAUGCCAAUGAUGAUGAACGUACUUAUUAUAUUAUCGAGAAGGAAUCGCUGGUAAACAAAUUCGUAUCUGUGCCCAAGGAUAAGGGAAGCUUGAAUUGCGCGUCGUUCGUCGCUGGUAUUGUUGAGGCAGUACUGUACGAUUGUGGCUUUCCUGCGAAAGUAACUGCUCAUUGGCACAAAGGAACCACAUAUAUGGUUAAGUUCGAUGAUGCUGUUGUUGCACGAGAUAAACAAUUAGAAGAUAGGUAAUAUACAGAAAUAAAUAAAGUUAUUUGUGUCACAAAAGAAAAUAUAUAAUAUAUCUAUACUUAAGAGUCA